UUGUCUUUUUCUUAUUAUGAUUAUCAGUUUGAGCCAGUCACUUUCACAUUGAGAAUGUGAGUACCGGCAAUACGAAAUCUGAGUAGGACAAGGUCAUUGAUGUUUACGCGCACGUGCAUAGAUCUACUUGUGUGUAGAUACUACAGCAGUUGUUUUCGAUUUUGGCUGUGGAAACGAAAAAGUUGUUAAAACACACAAACGGAAUCGGAUCCCACCUUUAAUUUUAUUUGAAUCUUGAAAUUGAAAGAGAAACGGUUAUGGCAUGGGCCUACUACUGCUAGAUUCCAUUACAACCAUGUCUCACAGCGCCUCGUCACUCAUGGCGAUGAUGCAACUGCCAUGUGAAGGAAGCCAGUCAUAGCCACCCUAAUAGUAGGCUAGUAGUGGAGAAAUACUCUAACACAAAGAUGCCUUUUACAACGAGCUCCCCAAAGAAGGCUCCCAUCCCAGGACCAAAUGAUUCUGGAGUUAGCAUACGGCUUGGUGAUGUUUCCACACCCAACAGCAGUGAAUCAGAUGAACUGGAGAAGCUGAGCCCAGGGGACUAUGAGAAGUCAGACCUGACGAUUGACAUUGAAGAUGACAAGCUGGAUGCCGUUGAUGAUGAUGAGGAUGGAGAUUCAAGUCAGUCAUCAUCAGUCAUUAGUAUUGUGAGCGAUUACUGUGGAUCCAAGUUGAAAUGGAUAGUGCUUGCAAUCCUGUGCAUGGCAUAUGCAGGUUACUUUAUCUGGGCGUUGGUUGUUGCUGCCAUCCACAAAUGCGAUGAGGACCAUGAUGUUGUGCCGCUCAUCUGUCUCACAGUUGCUGCUCUGCUCAUUGUCAUCAUAACAUUUGUGAAGGAAAAAUUUUCCGAUGACAUCAACCAGUCAGUUCUUGUACCUCUGAACAAAAGUAUCAGUAACCACUGGCACAUUCUGAAAUGGAUCCUGGCAGUUGCACCUAUUUUGGGCAUUCUUGCAAUCAUCAUCGUGUCUGCAGUUCAAAGACCAUCAAAUCUCAUUUCCCUCAUGGGCUGGAUGUUUUUAGUGUGCGUCCUGAUCUUCUGCUCAAGAGCUCCAAGAAAAGUGAAAUGGAGGCCCGUUGUCGGUGGCUUUGCACUGCAGUUUUACUUUGCCACUCUGAUUUUGAAAUGGGACAAAGGAUACGACAUGUUUAAUGCUGUUGGAAAGGGAUUCACAACGUUUCUCAGAUACAGCGAAUAUGGGGCAGCUUUUGUGUUUGGCAAUCUGGAUGAUCACUUCUUUGCCUUUAAGGUUCUUCCAGUAAUAAUUUUCUUCAGCUGCGUAAUUACAAUGCUUUACCACCUCCGUGUUAUGCAAGUCAUCAUCGGCAAAAUUGCCUUUGUCAUGAGAGUUACCUUAGGCACCACAGCCGCUGAGUCUUUGUGUGCUGCAGGGAACAUCUUUGUAGGACAGACUGAGGCACCAAUAAUGAUCCGUCCAUUUCUGGCUCUCAUGACACGCUCUGAACUCCAUGCUGUCAUGGUUGGAGGGUUUGGCACCAUAGCUGGUGCUGUAUUGGCAGCAUAUAUUAUGAAAGGGGUACCUGCAACUCAUCUACUGACAGCUUGCGUCAUGAAUGCACCUACAGCCCUUGCCGUUUCAAAAAUACUGUAUCCUGAGUUAGGCCGGAGCAAAAUUGCAAAAAUGAGGGAGGCAAUCGAGCAAAAGAAUGUCUACAACAAUGUGAUUGAAGCGGCUGCUGCAGGCGCAUCUGCUGCCAUUUCUCUGGUAGCCAACGUCGCGGCUAACCUCAUAGCCUUUGUGGCCCUCCUGUACUUCGUCAACAGUACUAUCUCAUGGCUCGGAAGCUUUGUUUGCCACGCUGAACUUAGCUUUGAGGUGAUCUGUUCCUAUGUGCUGAUGCCCUUGGCUUACAUCAUGGGUGUGGAGUGGGAAGAUGCUGGAACUGUUGCCGAGUUGCUUGGAAUCAAGACUUUCCUCAAUGAGUUUCUUGCAUAUGACAAACUGUCAAGUUUUAUUGACAAUCGGGUUUUAUGUCGUGGCGGAACAGUAAUUUCUGUACGCUCAGAAAUUAUAGCCACCUAUGCUCUGUGUGGGUUUGCUAAUUUAAGCUCCAUCGGUAUCCAACUUGGAGGUCUGGGCCCUAUGGCUCCUAAUCGGCUGGGAGACCUAGCUCAGCUGGCAGUAACUGCUCUGCUUGGUGGCAUUGUCACAAACCUCCUGACUGCAUGUGUGGCUGGUCUGUUGGUCAUUGAGACCCCCUUUGAUAUGGCAACCUGUCUGAAUACUACUGUUGAAGCUGUGAUGAAUGGGACUGUCUCUGCAGUGGUCAAUGGGACUGUUGCUGCAAUGAAUGGAACAGCCAUCUAGGUCAGAGCAGUUCUGGAGAUCCAAAA